AUGUUGCUCCUGUCAUGGAAAUUCUCUACCUGGAUAACUACGGCUCUGGUGAUGGCGGCCAAGGUAUUGUCUUCACCAGGAGUCGUUGAGCCCCGUGCACCCUCGUCCUGGAUCCAUCCUGGCAUCCUGAUGAACACUACUCAACUUGAGCUCAUGAAGAGUCGUGUUGCCAGUGGUACAUCGCCAUGGUCUGACGCCUACGAAGUCAUGGCGUCCAACUCAUUAUUCAAUCUCAGCAGGACUGUCUCUCCUGUUGAAAUGGUCGAAUGCGGGUCAUAUUCCAACCCAGACGUUGGGUGUACCGCCGAGCGAGAAGAUUCUAUUGCCUCUUAUAGUAUGGCCUUGGCCUGGUAUAUCACGGGCGAGGCAAAGUACGCAACCAAGGCUAUCUAUUACAUGGACGCAUGGUCAUCUGUGAUCAUCGGCCACAACAACUCUAAUGCCCCUUUGCAGUCGGGCUGGGUUGGUUCUGUCUGGGCCCGGACGGCAGAAAUCAUCCGAUAUUCCGACGCCGGUUGGAGUGAUGAUGGCAUUGCUCAGUUCAAAACUAUGUUAACAGAUGUCUAUCUUCCUGAAGUAAUCGGUGGUGAUGCCAAUGCGAAUGGAAACUGGGAGUUAGUCAUGAUGGAAGCUGCCAUCUUCAUCGCCAUCUUCACUGAAGAUGUUGAUUCAUACAACACUGGCAUGACCGGGUUCCUGGACCGAGUCCCCGCUUACAUCUACCUCACCUCGGAUGGGGAUAUCCCCAUUGCGCCUGUAAACAGCUCGUACACUACCACCGCAAAACUCGAGGCCUACUGGUACGGUCAAACAACCUUCGUUGAUGGCCUAUGCCAGGAGACAUGCCGUGACAUGGAGCAUACGGGCUAUGGCAUCGCGUCCAUCUCACACGUCGCCGAGACGUCGCGCAUCCAGGGCACAGACCUCUUCGUUGAGGAGACGGGUGAAAGAUUGAAGUAUGCACUAGAGUUUCAUUCGUAUUAUGCUUUGGAGGGAAGCUUCCCCAGCUGGCUCUGUGAUGGAACACUCACUGGGGUACUUGACAAUGUAACUGAGAUCGGACAUACCGAAUUUGUGAGCAGGCUGGGUGACACGAUGGGCAACACGACGAAAUAUACAGAGGAGAAGCGCCCUGGCGGCGAAAAUGGUCUUUUCGUCUUGUGGGAGACUCUCACUCAUGCACGCUUGUAG